UCAGUAUAUAACGGUUAGUUCUUUGCGUUCCUCCAGUACAGCAAGACAACAAGAUGGCGCCCGUCAUGUCAGGAAAGGUUUUCGGGCUGCUAUUUGUCUUUAUAACGGUAGUUAACUCGGCGACUCUCAUGGAAAUGCUGUGGAGCGUCAGUGAAUGCCAAGUCUCGAACUCAGCAAGAAAGUGCUAUGCCAGUGUUUGUCCGACGGGUUGGACAUCAGAUCCGCCAGGAGGCAACAAUUACCUCCUUUGUUAUACUGGAAUAUGUUGCAUACAGAUAGAUGAUGACGAGUGUACCCUCAAUACCCACGACUGUCACGGUCAAGCAACCUGCUCAAACACCAUUGGAUCUUUCACCUGCGCUUGUAACGCCGGUUUCACGGGUGACGGAAAGACUUGUGUUGAUACAAACGAGUGUGCUACCAACAACGGUGGCUGUGACAGUAACGCUCGGUGCGACAACACUGUUGGUUCCUUCGUCUGCACCUGCAACACUGGCUUCACCGGUAAUGGAUUCAGCUGCACAGAUGUAAACGAAUGUGCUACCAACAACGGUGGCUGUGACGGCAACGCUAGGUGCGACAACACUGUUGGUUCCUUCACCUGCACCUGCAACACUGGCUUCACCGGUAAUGGAUUCAGCUGCACAGACAACAACGAAUGUCUUUCUGGUACUGACAACUGUGGCACAGACGCUGUAUGUACCAACACCAUUGGUUCCUUCUCCUGCGCAUGUCCGAACGGAUACACAGGCACUCCGACCAUAGCUUGCACAGAUAUUAAUGAAUGUGCGGCCAACACUGACACCUGUCAAGCAAACUCUGUCUGUUCCAAUACGGCUGGUUCCUACACUUGCGAUUGUCUGCCAGGUUAUACUGGAAAUGGCUUUGUUGGAUGUACAGAUUUAAACGAAUGUGGUACCAACAACGGUGGCUGCGACAGCAACGCUCGGUGCGACAACACCGUAGGCUCCUUCACGUGUACCUGCAACUCUGGUUACACCGGCUCUGGCACCUUUUGCAUCAACAUCAACGAGUGUGCCAUCGGCAGCCACACCUGUGUGGCCCCCGCAGUGUGCAUUGACAACCCAGGGUCAUAUACUUGUGGGUGUCCCGCAGGAUACACUGGGGAUCCUGCCAUCAGCUGCCAAGAUAUAAACGAGUGUAAUACCAACAACGGUGGCUGUGACGGCAACGCUCGGUGCGACAACACUGUUGGUUCCUUCACCUGCACCUGCAACAGUGGCUUCAGCGGCGACGGAUUCAACUGCUUCAAUAACAAUGAGUGUCUCAACACCAACUUAUGCGGGGCUAACGCAAAUUGCGUUGAUACAUUUGGCUCAUACGCCUGCGUCUGCUUCACUGGUUUUAGCGGAAAUGGCAAUGUUGGAUGCACAGAUGUAAACGAAUGUGCUACCAACAACGGGGGCUGUGACGGCAACGCUGACUGCGCCAACACCGUAGGCUCCUUCACCUGCACCUGCCGAGUCGGUUUCUCUGGGGAUGGAUCUACCUGUAUCAAUAUUAAUGAAUGCGCAGCACCCAACAUUAACAACUGUGACUCUGCUGCCACCUGCAGUGACACCUUUGGAUCGUACACCUGCACGUGUAAUUCCGGUUACACUGGGAAUGGCUUCACGUGUACAGAUGUCAACGAGUGUGACAUUUCUGGAACAUGCCACGCUGAAGCCACCUGCGUGAACCAACCUGGUACCUACACAUGCACAUGUAAUCCCGGCUACACUGGGGAUGGAGUCACCUGUACAAACGUUAAUGAGUGUUCCAACGCAGCCACCUUUACAUGCGCAGCUAACGCAAAUUGUGUGGACACAAUUGGAUCCUAUACCUGUGUUUGCCAAGCAGGUUACACUGGCGAUGGAAAAACAAGUUGCAUAGUUGAAAUCAACCACCCUGACUGUGGUACUGUACCUACGCCACAAAUAAGGAUAGGAUUCUCUGAAGCAGAACAGAAGUGCAUUAGCCCGUGGCAAGUGUCUUUCAGAAGGUUUGCUGACACAACAAUUCUGAACCAAGUACCAAACUUUGCCAACUCUCAGCAUCAAGGCGCUGGCAUUCUUAUUCAGGGCAAGUGGGUUCUAACCACAGCUUUUGCUCUUAUAAGAGCCGGUAGAAGAUCAGCUUCAGAUCCCUUUUACUCCCAUACCCUGUUUGCCUCGGUUGGAGAUCACAACAUCUUCCAAGAUAAUGGAGAUGAGCAAUACAUCAGAAUUAAGAAUGUCACAUUCCACCCUCUGAGCCGCUUCCAAAUCACAACCGACUUUUUCUCUUUGAUCUUGACCGGAGUCAUUUCUCCUGCAGCAAUUUCCCUUCCGUACCAAGAAUUUUCUUACGCUCUGGUUGAGCUUGAAAGAGAGGUGACACUAACAGACUGCGCUCGCCCUGCUUGCAUCCCCAUCGCCAAGGAGUACCCAGAGAAGUGCGGAUCCCCAACGUGCAAGAUCACAGGAUGGGGUACCAGUACCGAUGAAAACCUGUCGGGCGUUCUCCAGAAGGCUGAGGUACAGGUGUUUGAUUUCGACGCAUGUGAAGCCCUCAGUUAUUACCGCAACAACCAAGUUCCCGUUGUUCAACCUCUGACGACCAAGUGUGCCAUCAACGGAACUGGUGCUUCGCCAUGCAACGGUGAUUUUGGUGGUGGCGUGAUCUGCAGGGAUGAUGCCACUGGGAAGUAUGUUGCUGACAGUCUGACUAUGAUGGAGAUGAUCACAUGUAGCAGCGAUCCCACAAGUUCACAGUUUAACAUUGCUGACAUCCGACAAGCUACGGACUGGAUCGAACAGAUCUUCAGAGAGAAUCCCUGAAGACUGUGACGUCAAAAUUAUGAACACCAUCAAAUGGACAUGAUUAAUAUUGUUAUUGCAUCAUAACUGGCAUUUGCAGAUGUAUAUUGUAUUUAAGGUUAUAAAAAAUACUUGGCACAAAA